AUGUCUACUGAGUCUUCAGGUUCGGAUAAAGCGACUUCCAAAAUAGACCAUGUUAUCGUAGACGAGAAAAAAAACGAUUCUACGGGCUCAUCAUCGAAUAGCCUUGUGGAAAGAGAGCUUUCCAUGGAUGAGAGAAAACGUUUGCUGAGGCGUUUAGAUUUGGUUUUAGCUCCUACAAUCAUGAUCUUUUAUUUAAUUGCCUUUUUGGAUCGUACCAACAUUGGCAACGCAAAAGUCGCUGGCAUGUCUGAAGAUUUACACUUGAAAGGAAACCAAUUCAAUAUUGUAACGAGCUUAUUUUAUGUCACUUUUAUUUUGUUAGAAAUACCCAUCACUUUGUUGAUCAAGAAAGUCCAGCCAAAGCAAAUGCUCACUCUCAUCGUUCUUACUUUUUCGCUUACAACAAUAUUCACUGGAUUCGUUCAGAACUUUGCCGGGUUUCUUGUUACUCGCCUUGUUUUAGGUGCCUGUGAGGCAGGUCUGUUUCCUUGCCUCACAGUAUAUUUAACCAUGAUUUACUCUAGAGACGAGCUGGCACCACGCAUUGCAUAUCUAUUCGCUGCUUCAGCACUUUCCGGUGCCUUCAGUGGCCUUUUUGCCUAUGCCAUUUUGCAUAUGCAAAAUGUCGGAGGCUACGCUGGAUGGCGUUGGUUGUUUAUCAUUGAAGGGUUGAUUGGAUUCGUUUCUGGAGUCCUUGGGUAUUUUAUCAUUCCCAAUGAUCCCGCAAAGGCUUGGUUCCUGUCUGAGCCCUAUCGGGAUAUGGUUCGUCAUCGUAAAGAACAGCGACGCUCGGAUUUGGCAGAUCAAUUCGACUGGAAAAGCAUUUUCGACGCUUUUAAAGAUAAAAAAAUUUACCUUUCCUCUCUUGCUGAAUUUGGGCAGGAUACUUGCUUGUACGGUUUCAGUACCUUUCUUCCCGCCAUUAUCCAAGGAAUGGGCCAUCAAUCUCUUUCCGUUCAAUACCUUACCAUCCCAGUGUAUAUCCUUGGUGCUGUCGUCUACAUCGUAGCCUCUUUCCUUUCGGAUCGCUUUAGAUCGAGAGGUCUUAUUUUGAUUGCUAGCAAUAUCUUCCCCAUCAUCGGUUAUAUAUUGCUGCUAACCUGUCAAGGAAAAAACGAUGUUUUAUACUUUGCUUGCUAUUUAUGCUCCUUGGGAAUUUACACCGGCGCUGGUCUUAAUGUCACUUGGUUGAGCGCUAAUGUUGCACCUCAUUACAAGCGUGCAACAGCUAUUAGUAUGCAAAUGGCAAUUGCAAACUCUGCUGGUAUUCUCUCUGGCCAAGUGUAUCAGUUUCCGCCCAAGUACGUAGCUGGCCAUGCUACCUCUUUAGUUGCCAUUGGCAUCGCAACCGUUUUGCACAUCCUGACUAUCUUAUACUAUUCAGCUAAGAAUGCUUCGAAAAGACGUUGUAUGGAGCAAUUGACUCCCAAGGAACUAUCCAAACAGCCCCAAAAUGACGAGGAUCCUCUAUUCCUAUAUAUGCUUUAA